AUGUCUUUUAACACCUAUGCUGUCUACGAUGAUCAGAGCGGCCACUUCCGGUACUCAGGGGCAUGGAUACACUAUACCCUCAGCGGAAACGAGCAGCUCUGGAACUCAACACUCAGCUCAGCUCCUGACAAUCCGACCGUGCUCGGUGUCUACGGGACCAUCCUGCCCGCGAAUGGAACCACGCGACCCAUCUCGUCCUAUUCCAUCGACGGCGCGUCCCCGUCGACCUUCGAGCCGCCCGACAACAUCACCACGCGGCAGGACAACCAGCUCUUCUUCGUGUCGGACGAGCUUUCAUCAGGCCAGCACACCCUCACCGUCUCGAUCAACCAGGUCAACCUGCACGACCCGGUUCUGAUAGACUAUAUCCUCAUCGCAAGCGAGACGAGUGGCAAUGCAGGCCAGGCGACGGAAACGUACAGAACGACAUCCCUUGCGGGGCUCCCGACGACGUCUGCCCAGGCGGACGCGCUUGCAGCCAGCAGCGGCCCACCCGCGGGUCCGAUCAUUGGCGGUGUAGUGGGCGGGGUCGCGGUGCUUGUGGCAGCUGCACUCGUCGUGUACUUCUUCUGGUACCGCCGACGACACAACGGGUACUACUACCACCCUGCAGACGACAUCGACCACGACGGGAAGCCGUUUGCAGCGACGCCUUACAACGUGGUAGGGGGAGGGACGUCCCUGCUAUUCGAGGCAUCAAUCAACGAGUCCAGCCUUGCGACUGAAAUGCCGUCUACAGCGAAUGCGAUGCUCAUGCACCAAGUGUCUACUUCAGGCUCAGCCACCGCAUCUCGUCGGGGCUCUGUACCUCCGCCUGCCGCCUCCUCCUCUACUCGAGCGAUGAGCAAGGCAGAGUCCGCUGGUAUUCAGUCGGCGCUCCCACGGACAGUAUACCAUACAGAUGCCGGUUCGUGCGGCCCACUGUCGACCGCUAUGCUUGUCUUAGCAACGUCCGCCAAUUCCGUCCUUGCUGCGCGUGCCCUCACAGGUCGCGCGCUCAUGCUCGUGUGUGCUGUUCUAAGCGACGCCCGCAGUGUCUUGAAGAACGCGCCCUUGGACGUCGUGCCGGUCGUUGCAUGGGUUCUUGACAGCGUGGUCAGCUAUAGGCUAUUCCUCAGAACUAAGGCCAUCGAGCUCAAUGCCACCAAGGCCCCUGUCGUUGGCGCUAAAGAAGCUUCUGUCUAUGUGUAUGAGGAGGUUGAUGUCGAGAUGAUGUGA